UUGAUAGUGGUAAAUUGACGCCAUAUUCUUCAUAUGUCAACACAAAUUCUAUAGUACUUUAUACCUCGGCCCUUUUAUUUUUAUGUGAAAAUUUGAAGUUUAAGAGUUAAUUAAGGAAAUGGAGGAAACACCUAAACUCAUCCAUGGAACAAUUGAGGCUACCAUCUUCAAUGCCUCACCUUAUGCCCCUUUUUUCCCCUUCAAUUGCAUAUGUACAAAUGGAAACCCUACUUAUGUGACCAUCAAGAUAGACAACAAGAAGGUUGCAAAAACAAGCAAAGAAAGAAAUCGUGUUUGGAACCAAACCUUUCAUAUUCAAUGUGCUCAUCCAGCUGAUUCACUCAUUACCAUUACAUUAAAAACAUCAUAUUCCAAAUUAGGAAAAUACCAUAUCAAGGCCCAACAACUUUUAAAGGAAGAAAAUAUAAUUAAUGGAUCAUUCCCUCUCCUCAUGGAAAAUGAAAAACCAAACCCAAAACUUAAAUUGAAGUUUAUAUUAUGGUUCAAGCAUGCAAAAUUGGAACAAAGUUUGGCAAAUGUACUAAGCAAUGAGGAAUUUCAAGGGAUGAGGGAUGCAACAUUUCCACUAAGAUCCAAUUGUCAAGUCAAACUUUAUCAUGAUGCUCAUCAUUCUCAUACUUUCCAGCCUCCCUUUGAUCCAUGUGGUACUCCCAAAAACCUUUGGGAGGAUGUCUAUAAAGCCAUUGAGGGUGCAAAGUAUAUAGUUUAUAUUGCAGCUUGGUCCCUCAAUCCUAACAUGGUUUUGGUUAGAGAUCCUCAUACAGAAAUCCAACAUGCAAGAGGACUAAAUUUAGGUGAGCUAUUGAAAAAGAAGGCAAAUGAAGGAGUGGUUGUGAGAGUUAUGCUUUGGGAUGAUGAAACAACUUUACCAUUGAUCAAGAACAAAGGUGCAAUGAACACACAUGAUGAGGAUGCUUUUACUUAUUUCAACCACACAAAAGUAAUAUGCAAAAAGUGUCCUAGAUUACACCACAAGUUCCCAACAAUCUUUGCUCAUCAUCAAAAGACAAUAACAGUGGACACCAAAGUGCCUAAAUCUUUUAGUGAUAGAGAAAUUAUGAGCUUUGUUGGUGGUUUUGAUUUGUGUGAUGGUAGAUAUGAUACAGAACAACAUUCAUUGUUUCAAACAUUAAUCAAGGAAUCACAUUGUUAUGAUUUUUACCAACCAAACAUUGAAGGAGCUAACCUUAACAAAGGAGGACCAAGAGUUCCUUGGCAUGAUGCUCAUGCUUGUGUUAUUGGUGAGGCUGCUUGGGAUGUUUUAACAAAUUUUGAGCAAAGAUGGACAAAACAAUGUGACCCUUCUCUUUUAUUCCCUACUAGUUCCCUAAAAAGUCUCAUCCCUAAGACAAGUUCAAUUACUUGUAUAGCAAGUAAUUGGAAAGUUCAAGUAUAUAGGUCAAUUGAUUAUGUUUCAAUUGGUGACUUGUGUGGAAAUUUCAAUGUUGAAAAUAGUGUACAUGAAGCUUAUGUUGAAGCAAUUAGGCAUGCUGAGAGGUUUAUAUACAUUGAAAACCAAUACUUUAUUGGAGGGUGUCAAUUGUGGGAGAAAGAUAAGAAUUGUGGAUGCACAAAUUUAAUUCCUAUUGAAAUUGCACUUAAGGUGGUAAGUAAGAUUAAAGCAAAAGAGAGAUUUGGAGUGUAUAUAGUUAUACCAAUGUGGCCAGAAGGAGUGCCUGAAAGUGAAUAUGUUCAAGAUAUAUUGCAUUGGACUAGAGAAACUGUGGCUAUGAUGUAUAGGUUGAUUGGAGAAGCAAUUAAAGAUAGUGGUGAAGUAGGACAUCCAAGAGAUUACUUGAAUUUCUUUUGUCUUGCAAAUAGGGAGGUUAAGGGAAAAGGGGAGUAUCUUCCAUUGGAUUCUCCUUAUCCUGAGACACAAUAUUGGAAUGCACAAAAAAAUAGAAGAUUCAUGGUUUAUGUUCAUUCCAAGCUCAUGAUAGUGGAUGACCUAUACAUAUUAAUAGGUUCAGCAAAUAUGAAUCAAAGAUCAAUGGAUGGAAAAAGGGACACUGAGAUAGCCAUAGGAUGCUUCCAAUAUACUCAAGAUGAAGUUGAGAAACAAAUGAACAUUGGUGAUAUUCAUGCAUAUAGAAUGUCACUAUGGUAUGAGCACACAAAUAGUGUCAAUGAAUUGUUCCUAGAGCCAGAAAAUUUGGAAUGUGUGAAGAAGAUGUGCUCAAUAGGAGAUCAAAUGUGGGAAAUAUACAACAAUGAAGAAAUUAUUGACAUGGAAGGUGUGCACCUUGUUACUUACCCAAUGAGGGUAACACAAGAAGGGUAUGUGAAAGACUUGAUUAAUGUACCUCAUUUCCCUGAUACAAAUUCUCUAGUCAAGGGGAAGAGAUCUACAUUUUUGCCACCUAACUUUACCACUUAGGAUUAAAUUUGAUAUAAAGAAGUAUAUGCCAUCACAAAUAUUUUCACUAAAUGGACCAUUAGAAUUUAAACAAUUGUUAUAAAAUUCCUUAAUAUCGAGAAGUAAGUUAUUUUAAUAUAGUCAAAUAUAUUUAAUUAUGAGAUUGAUUCUUCUGAUGAUUAUAAAUAGGUACACAUUUCAUUAGCUAGCACAUCACGAUAAGUUGAUCUGUUAGAUUUGUUUAUGGAACAAGUUGAGGUAUAAUAGAUACUUCACUAAAGAAAAACCAAAGGUGUGCUUGCCAUAGCCUGAGUCAAUAGCCGUUGCCAUGUUGCAAUUAUCCUCCUCCUAUUCUUGAGAAUGCUACUAGUAAGUCCUAAAACAUUGUAGCUCUUGUAUAAAAUAAUCUAGUUGAGCCACCGAAAAUGUCCAAUUCGAAAGUAAUAAUGUGUAUUUAAUAAUUGAAUUAUAAGAUUAUAUUUGAGAAAUUA